AUGGCGGCGUCGGAGCUACACUUCUUGCUGGUACCGCUAGUGGCGCAGGGCCACAUCAUCCCCAUGGUGGACCUAGCUCGCCUCCUCGCCGCGUGGGGGCCGCGCGUCACCGUCGUCACCACACCUGUCAACGCCGCGCGGAACAGAGCCACCAUCGACGGAGCCAGGAGGGCGGGCCUCGCCGUCGAGCUCGUGGAGCUCCCCUUCCCCGGCCCGCAGGUGGGGCUGCCGGAGGGGCUGGAGAACCUCGACCAGCUGCUCGACGACGCUGAUGCUGCACUGCCCGUCCGCCUAUUUCCUCCUCGCCGUGCACAACCUGUCCACUCCACGCACGGCGUGUACGACCGUGUCGGCGACAACGAGACGGAGCCGUUCGAGGUGCCGGACUUCCCGAUGGGCGCCGUCGGGAACACGGCCAUGUUCCGGGGCUUCUUCCAUCACCCCGGCGUGGAGAAGGAGCAGCGCGACAUUCUCGAUGCCGAGGCCACCGCUGAUGGCCUGCUGAUCAACACGUUAGGCGGCGUCGAGGGGAUCUUUGUCGACGCGUAUGCGGCGGUGCUCCGCAAGAGGACGUGGGUUCUCGGGUCGACGUGCACCUCUGGCAUCUUGGACAAGGACGCCGACGCCAUGGCCGACCGCGGCAACCACGCCGACGUCGAUGUCGGCCACGUCGUCUCAUGGCUCGACGCCCGGCCACCGGCGUGUGCUGGCAAGGGCCUCGUCGUGCGCGGGUGGGCGCCGCAGGUGACCAUCCAAUCGCACCCGGCGGUGGGUGGCUUCCUCACGCACUGCGGAUGGAACGCGACGCUGGAGGCCAUCUCCCACGGCGUGCCGACGCUGACGUGGCCCUGCUUCACCGACCAGUUCUGCAGCGAGCGGCUGCUCGUGGACGUGCUCCGCAUAGGCAUCAGGUCGGGCGUCAAGGUGCCCGCCAAGAACGUCCCCAAAGUGGCCGAUGGCGUCCAGGUGCCGAGCGGCGACGUGGAGAAGGCCAUUGCCGAGCUGAUAGAUGGCGGGCCCGAGAGGACGGUGAGGAGCUCCAGAGCCAAGGAAGUUGCCAGGGAGGCGAGAGCGGCCAUGGAGGAAGGCGGGUCGUCGUACUCCGACCUGACGGACAUGAUCCGCUACGCCUUGGAGCCGUCGAGAAAAAGGAGCCACGAGAGGGACACAAGCUCGAUGACCCAUCCUCUCACGGCGGCAGAGCUCCGAAGCAACGACGGCGAGAAGAUCGAAGCCGGUGCUCCAUUGUCACUACAGUCCUAA